AUGGCCGCGCGGGGCUCUGUGCCGGGACCUCACACCCAAGCCACGCCACCCGUCGGCGCUGCCACUACAAGCCCCGGCGCGCAUGGCCGGGUUCAUGUGACUGGGCCUGCCCGUGAUGCGCCUGCAGCGCAUCCCCCAAGUACAGGCGUGGGAGCGCAACAGACCCACACAUCUGCCGACCCUCGCGAUGGGGAGUCGCGCGACGAGUGGUAUGGCUGCGGGCCGCCCGCGCAAGUCCGCAGCCCGACAAACUCUUGGCUGUACGUGCCGUUGCUGCAUGCCGCGCUCGGCGCACUCACUGAUGGAGCACUCGCCCAGUGGCGUGCCGACCCGCGAGCCGCCCCAUGGUGGGAAGAGGCCCGUCGUGCCCUUGCUGCCUCGGCCCCUGUCCCGGUGGCCGCCCUAACGGAGGCGCUCAUCGCAGCAGCCGUCCACAAUCAUGAAGCGCUGCCUGAAACAGCACUAGCGGAGGCCGCCACUCUCCCACCCAGCACGUUGAUCCACCUUGGAUGGGUCGUGCGUCAUUUGGCUGGGGAAGACGGCUACAUCACUGCUGCGGGUCAGGCGGUGUGCUUGGAAACGUUUGGCGGCGCCGGAUUUGCAACAACGCUUGACCGUCGAUCGGACAUUUUCCGACACGCGCGCCGCCUAACCGUCACGUACGGGGCCAUCGAACCUCCCCCUUUAGGGAACGCUGCUGGACAAAAAGCUGAGGAGGCGGCAUCCAACGAGCCUCACGCCCAGACUGGACCGGCCCCCCAACAUGCCGAAGAUGGCACCGUCGCUGACCUUCCCAGCGGUGAGGCAGCGGUUGGUGUGGUGGCGCCUACUCACGGCAGCCUGCCCCCUGACCGCGCCGAAGCCUGCGACGUCCAGGUAGCCGAUGCACCCCCGGCCAUCCCAGCUGUUGGCCGGGGUCGCGGGCGAGGCCGCGCCAGUCGGGAGGCGCAACCGACAGAAGACUGCCCGGCCCCGGAAGACGCAAGGCCGCAGGCCGCCCAAGUCGAUGGAAGGUCGCAAGCCACCCAGGCUGAGCGACGCCUCAUCGCUGCCGAAGCUGGCUUUCGCCGCGGCCUUCGGCAGCUUGACGACAUCAGCCUGCAUGAUGAGAUUCGCCAGCGCGUGCUCACGCUUCAAGCCGCACCGCACAAGGUGCGAGGCACUCUUCGCACUGCCCUCCGCACCGGCCUCCGCGAGGCGCUGGGAACUGCAGGGCCUGCCGAGGUCGCUCGGGGCUGGAAGCUGUUCUUCCUUGCCUCCCGCAUGCUGCUCCGUCGCGAUGCUGGCCAGUCCUUCAUCGACGCCAGGGAGCUUGAGCGGCGUUGCGAGCUUUUCCGCCGAGGGGAAUGCUCUUGCACCAAGCGCCCCGAGCUCACCCUGAGCCUCGUGGCAACACUGCUGAAGCCAGCGAGUCAGCCCGUGCGGCACGAGCCGUCCGGCUGGUACAGCUCGGCGCUCACAGCAGCGCCGUUGGCGCCAGGCACCGCCGAGACCUUGGCAGAGCUCCGCGACCCUGAGCGGCGCGCGCGGCGCGGCUCCUUGCGGCUCCUCCUUGACGACACAAUCUGGACUGGCGCCUGGUCCUUGCCCUCCUGCCAGCAAGGUAUCCUAGUCCUCGGUGCCCCGCUUGGAAGCGAGGCCUUCGUCCAGCAUGAGCUGCGCCGCAAGCGUGACUCGCAGGACGCCCUGCUCCGACGGCUCCCGUCCUUGUCGGACCUGCAA